AUGACAUUUAGUCUCUGGUCUCUCUCCGAACCGGCUCAGGGGGAGAGAGACAGUCUGAGCGGUUCAUGUAACGCCUGUCUCCACAACACAUCAGCAGCCCUCCCCUCCUCUCGGGACACCCCCAGCCCCAUCGACCCAGAGUCCAUCCAGGUCCCACUGUCGUACGAGCCAGACCCCGCAGACCUGGCCCUGUCCAGCGUCCCGGGACAGGAGAUGUUCGACCCACGCAAACGCAAGUUCUCGGCCGAGGAACUCAAGCCUCAGCCCAUGAUCAAGAAGGCUCGCAAGGUUUUCAUCCCAGAGGACCUCAAGGAUGACAGAUACUGGGCUCGCCGCAGAAAGAACAACGUGGCGGCCAAGCGCUCCCGAGACGCGCGGCGCCUGAAGGAGAACCAGAUCGCCAUCCGCGCCUCCUUCCUGGAGAAGGAGAACGCGGCGCUGCGCGUGGAGGUGGCCGACCUGCGCAAAGAGCUCGGCCGCUGCAAAAACGUUGUGGCCAAAUACGAGGCGCGACACGGCCCCCUGUGA